GGCUCGACCGGUCGAUCGUGGUGGCGCGCGCGCAGGCAGGGGGAGAGGCCAACAAUAACCCGGAGCGAAAGCAAGCGGUCGACGGUGGCGAUGGUGGUGGUGGCGGGAACGGGACGGGUCGUUGCACUCGGGGUGGUGGUGGCCGUGGUGGUGCUCCUCGGCGCCGGCGGCGCGGACGCCGACUGCUUCGACUACUGCUUCAAGGACUGCAUCUCCAGGGACAGGUCCAUGAUCGACUACUGCAACUACGCCUGCGACAAGACCUGCUCGCCGGACAGGCCCCUCGCGUCGUCGUCGUCGUCGCCGCCGCGACCCUUGGCCGCCGCCGCCGGCGACAUGGGCUGCCAGCUCUCCUGCGCCUGGGACAGCUGCCACCGUCUCCGUCCGGCCGGUAAGAGCGAGCAUACGGCAAGGCCACAGAGAUCUGCUUCGGGCAGUGCUACGACGGCUGCAGGACCACGACCACGGCGCCCCUGCUGCCGAGGCCUCUCCGCGCUGGCGCCGCCGGCGUGCAUGCCGCGGCCUGGCCGGCCAAGUCGCCGGACGUGGCCCUUCUCGCUCCCCCUGAUGACGUGGACCACCACGUGUUCGCUACGGUCCCUGACAAUGUGGACCACGUGUUCACUGCUCCCCCCGAUGAUUUGGACGGCCACCACGAGUUCACUACUCGUCCAGAUGACGUGGACCAUCACGCGUGACGUACACUUGACAACUACGAAUGGGGCUAGGCUACCUGCGACGAGACGGUGAAUGACGUACGAAUAAGCUACUAGCGCAGCAGCAGCACGCACACACGCGAGCAUUAAUUACGUACAUGUCACCAUGCACCGUAUAUAUAUAUGCCAGCUUUAAUAUAUGUACUCCAUGUAAAGCUUAAUUAACUAACUAGCACCAGUAAGAGUUAGUUGCUGCUGCAUGCGUGCAGUUCAAUUGGUCCACUACUGUACUAGACUGCUUGCUAUAUCUAUGUGUAAGCGAAGUUCAGAGUUACAGUGUGAUCAACUGAUCAUUGCUCA